CAACAAAAAUAUUCAAUUUAUCUUGUCACUUUGUCGUGAAUCAUACAUAUUUCAGUUAAAACAUGACUGUAAAAUUUUUCCAAAAAAAUUCUGAUUAGAGGGGCUCAGCUUGCUCGACAAUGUAUGACAAGCAGAACGUACCAGAAGUCGUUAAACAUAUAUGCGAGGAACUGCGUCUUCCAUCAAAAUUUUGCCAACUUGUAUCAGCUGAUCGUUCUGUGUGCAUUGUAAGUAAUUUGGGUAGGCCUUUAUGUUAAAAUUUGUAGGCCUAUAAUAAAUAUGUAAACUCAAAGGCCUAAUUAAUACAAAAAGGUAUGUGGCAUGACGUAAACUCCAUUUACCAUAGAAUAGUGUUAGUUUAGUAGGUAUGUACAGUACAUUAUAGACUAGACUGUAGGCUAUAGGCCUACUUGACUUAUGAUUUACACUUAUUUAACUUGACUUAAAGUACAGCUACCCCACACUCACACUACUCACACUUCAUUUUCAUUUACAAAACAUAAUCAUAAAAUGAUAAAUUAUUGUAAUAAUUUUAUAAUUACCUUUAUAAUAUAUAUUUGCUAUAUAUCUAUAGUCUAUACAUUUUAAAUGAUAAUGUUUAGUCUAACUUUAGUCUCAAAAUUGUUUAUAAUUAUUAUAAAUUAUAGGUUAUUAUACUAAUACUAAUACUUGUCCAAUAUUUAACUAUGCUAACACUUGGGUUUCAGCUUGAAGUGAUUUAAUGUUACAUACAAAUAGAAAUUUGGCCUAUACUAUUUGAAUUUGAGUGAGUAGAAUGGAUUAGUUGUAGUGACAUUCCAGAUCAGUAGCCUAAAUAUACACUAAUGGGCAAUAAAGUUGUAUUUGAUUUGGACAUUUUGUUUUGAUAACCAUGAAUAUGUUAUAUAAAUAUAUAUUUGUAUGUUUGUGUUAAUAUUUUAUAGUGAAUUAUAAUAUUUACAUUCUUGACACUCACACCAAAAUGAGAUGAAUAAAAUAAAUAGUAAUUAAUUAAAUUUCCUCCUGACUAGCUUGAGUCUGAGACUGUUAUUGUCCGGUACUAUUAAAUUUUUAAAAAUGUAUAUUAAGUACAUUAACUAGAGCUUUCUUGUAAUAUAAUAUAUACUUUUUAAAAAUCUAAAUAAUUAGGUCUAAGGCCUAGUUGUUUAGUCUCCCCGAAUCAAUUCAUCUUUAUGGAGGUAGUAUUUUAAUGAGCAUUGGACUCAUUGGUAAAUAUUUAUAAAAAUAAUAAUUUUUUUUAUGUUCAAAUCAAUCUUACUAAUUAAGCCCAUUCCUACAACUUCUUACGGAAUUAAAACAUAAAACAGAACUAUGUUGCAUUUAUUUUGAAAAGUUGACAUUAAUGUUGAACAAACUGUCAUAUAUUUUUUAGGUUAAUGAUGACUGGCUUAAAAGCUUACAUAGAGGGCACAUCACUUCCUUAUCUGGAGCAGAUACCAUUGAUACAUGCAAGGCGGAAAGAUACCUGUCUCGGUCAUGUGACAAGGUUCCUCAGCCAUGGGUUAGAAUGACCAUCAAAGCAAUAGCUAAAUCUGAUGAACUUUUUGAGGAGUAAGUUGUUUUGGGUUCACUGUGUGUACACUUUAUCAAUGUUGUACUUUCCUUGAGUUUUACGGGAACUGAUUCUUUCAAUUCUAGAUUUAUUUAACAAUAAAAUUAUAGAGAUAAUACAGACUGGUAUUUUCAAAGAGCGUUUUUCUUGUUGUACAAUAUUAUUUAUCGAAAUGAGCAAACAAAGUUUGGGAAAACCUGAAAAAAAGGACUAAACAAACAUGUCGGAAAGAUGCCUUCUUCAGCGAAAAAACUACAGUAAAAACAAAAUAAUAGUAAAAUAACACUUAGUUCCAAUUUAGUAUCUGAGAGGACAGCAAAAUUAUUGUAACAGCCAAUAAGUAAGUGAGAGAUUAAAUACAGGCAACAUGGGACGGAAGAGAGGGAAAGUAAGUCCACUGCAAUUGAUGGUAGCUAGGAGGGGCGGAGAAAAGGUUUAAGAAGUGAAUGAGAACAUUUUGUACAUUAUUUAUUCAAUUUCAACAAAUGAAGGCAUUCAUAACUGUGAUGGCCUAUCUCAUCAUAUUAAAUUUCAAACCAGCUAUUGCUAGGGUCGGCAAAUGGGGGUAAAUUACCCUAAAUGGGGUAAAAAUGAAAAUCUUGGGGGUAAUAGGGCUCAUAAGACAUAAUUAAAUUAUAUAAGCACAUUCUUUUUUUUUUCAGUAAUUUUUUUCAGGCAACAUUGCACCGGGCCAUUGCAAUAGAGAAGAGCACAGAAUAUGUUGUGGUUACUAUUGGCUUGGAAGCUAGCAUGAGCUCAUGUUUUAUCAUGUAUACUUCAUUUUGGCCUAGUCCCUUUUUUUAUCUUAUGCUCAUUUGUAUCACUAGAGUUGGUGUCACUUUCUCCCUUUCAAAUCGGUGUAAGCAAAUAUAUUUUGGGGUGAUGGCUAAAAAAGUUUUAAGACCCCUGAGUUGUAGCACAUUUGGCAUGUCUUUACGAACUUUCUUAUAUUCUUUCAGGCUACCUGGCAAUUACUUACAAAAACAAUGGGCCUGUGGAAGUUUGUAUGAGUUUAUGUC